GCUCCGCACAUCAGCGCCAUCCGUCGCAUUGACGGCAAAUGACACCACUGAGAUUCUACUCAAAACAAAACUUUGAAUUGAGUGAAGUACAGCUAUACAUUGAGACUAUCAAACACAAUCCGUAGUGUUUGUAUAGUUUUUGCCAUUAUAUAGUUUUUGUGUAGUUAUAUUAUACAAAACAUUCCAUAUCUGUCUUAGUGUGUCCAUGGACAUGCAUGCUUUUUUUCUUGAUUUCUACGGGCCUUCCCGUCUGGGACACAGGAUAUGUGUUUUACGGCUCUGAAUGCAGCAGACGAGCUCGUGAACUUCAACAUGACGUCGUUUCAUGGGUGGGAAUAUAUCAGGACCACCCAUUAAAACACAAGAUCAGCAGCAGCAGAAAAUCUGCAGCAAUACCGCCCAUAUAUGAGCCCGUACAGCAGCGAACAGUACAGCUAUCUGCACACAUAAAAUAACACACACACACAUAUAUAUAUAUCUGGAUUAUAAUCAUCAUUAUAGCGCAGAAAGUAACUUCAGCCGAAGGGGGCAGCAGAAGGCUCCAGAAGAUGACCCAAUCUGUGCACAUACGCUCCAAACCGCCAAAUCUGAGUGGCCCUUUUCAUUGCUCAGCUGAAGAAGAGAGUGAUCAGGCUAGUUCGUAUUCUGUUCAGACUCCUUAUGGAUUCCACCUGGACCUUGAUUUUCUCAAGUAUGUUGAGGAAAUAGAGAGCGGACACAGCGUCCGCAGGGCUAACGUGAACACCCGGAGAGGAUCGCGGGGUGACCGUGGAAACCAGAGGAAUCUAGCUAUCGGAGGUCGGACCAGCGGUUGGACGUCCACCGAGUCACUUUCCUCAACGACCAGUGAGAACUGUCAACCUGUCCUCCAGAGUCCCAGCAAAUCACAACCACUGUCCCCAUCAGCAGCCAUCAGUCCUGGUUUACCCACUUGCUCCAAAGUGCCACCGCCGCCUCCACCGCGUAACCCUCGGGUAGAACGCACGCUCCUUGAAACCAGCCUUCGGCUCCAACAGGAGCAAAGUCAGUAUUUCAGUGGAUUAGCUUCUAAGCUGCCUGACCUUUCCAAAGUCCAUCCAAGAGGUGGCGGAUCCACGAGUGACCUUUCCUCAGCUUCCUCUCAGCUGGCUACAGAUGUCCGGUCGCUACAGAUGUCACCUUCUGUGCAGAAUUCCCUGUCCGGGUGCUGGACCAGAGCUAGUCCACAGACGUCUGGAAGAAGCACUCCAGCCUCGGUCUCAGGAGCGUCUUCACUUCCUCCCGGGCAGCUUCAGACCGUCCGAGAACAGAUGGCCUCCGCCCUUCGGCAGCUGAAAGAGAUGGAGGAGCGUGUGAAAGGAGUACCGGCCUUAGAAAGAGAGGUGAGCGUGCUGCGUACCGAAAAACACAGGCUGACUCUGGAACUUCAGAAGAAAGCACAACAACUCGAUGCCUCGCUCAAGAUGGAGAUCUGCACCAGGGCUGAAGCAGAGCCUGAGAAGACAUCCGUAGCAGUGGGAGAUGACAUUCCCCUUGAGACGGUGAAAGUCUGCUAUCGUCAGACGCUCGAGGACACUGCUGUCCAAACUUCUGUUGACCUCUGUCAUGCCGCCGUUGAGACAGAGCCUAGUGCCGUACAUGAUGUGGCCAUUCAGACCAGAGCGGAGACUCAAGAUGUGGCCAUCUGGGUCGUAGAGUCGAGUCUUGGGUUUCAAAGUGAGGCACAACGAGAAAUCAACACGCUUCAACACACCAUCAAACUACAACAGGCAUCCAUACAGGUUCUCGAGACGCGACUAAGUCAUGUCAGCCAAGACCUUGAGACGUUAAGAGCUGAGGAAAUUCAGAGGACAUCCAAGAUUACGCUUGACAAAGAGACGCUUGUGAAACCGGAGACGGUGGACAUCCAACUGGAGACUGAGGUUUCUUCGAAAGCUUCUGUUGGAGUAGGGUUUCCAGAUCUUGAGUACCUGUCACAGACCAAACAUGAGCAAGGCAUUCAGACAGACCCUGUGGACACUGGUGUGGCGCUGGAGAGCACUGGGAUCAAGUGGGAAUGUCUCAGUGAUAUUCAAGAGACUGAAGAGCAGAUCCCGUCUGCUGAGGGUCCGCUGAAGUCCAUCAUGAAGAGGAAAGAUGGCACCGCUGAUGCUGCAGGUUCCAUUGCUGGCAAGAAGAGCUUGAAGUUUGUUGGCAUCCUUAAUGGAGGCUACGAGUCGACGUCCAGUGAAGAGGUUGAUGAGGAUGAAGAGAGUUCAUCUGAUGAAAGUGUGGUGGGGGGGUGUUCAGACAGCAGCGUAGAGGAGGAAGCACCUUUAGAAGACACGUCAGAUGAGGACGAGAAUAUAAACGAUGACAGUGAUGACAACAUAACAGCCGAACCGCUGGAGCAGCACACAGAUGAGGUGAAGGAGAAGUUUGAGUUAAGCAGCAGAAUGCGUGAGGCUUGUCUGAUAGUGAAGAAGCAUCUAAAUGACGGAUCAAAAGCACUGAAGAGUAAAGAAGUGCUGUCCAGCUCACAUACAGUUCAGCUGGAGUGGUUCCGAGUGUCCAGCGCUAAGACGGCACAGCCGACACGCGUGUCCAAUUACCUGAUGGCAUUCUCGGAGGUGUCGUCCGUCCUGCUGGAGCACAUCAUCAACAUGAUGGACGGCAACGGAAACACAGCGCUACACUACAGCGUCUCUCAUUCCAACUUCGCUGUGGUGGACCUGCUGCUGGACACAGGUGUGUGUGACGUGGAUCAGCAGAACAAAGCCGGAUAUACAGCAGUGAUGCUGGCAGCUCUGUCGGCCGUGAAGGUGGAGAAGGACAUGGCCGCGGUUCAGAAACUCUUCCGGAUGGGAAACGUCAAUUCUAAAGCCAGUCAGGCAGGACAGACGGCUCUGAUGUUGGCUGUAAGUCACGGGCGGCUGGAGAUGGUACGAGCGCUGCUGGACUGCGGAGCUGACGUCAACGUUCAGGACGACGAGGGUUCCACGGCUCUGAUGUGUGCCAGUGAGCACGGCCGGGCCCAGAUCGUCUCUCUGCUCCUCGAGCACCCGGCCUGCGACAUCUCAGUGGUGGACAAUGAUGGCAGUAACGCCCUCUCUAUCGCUCUGGAGGCAGCACACAAUGACAUCGCUGUUCUUCUGUAUGCCCACAUGAACUACUCCAAAACGCCAGCGGAUGGAGCGUCCAAGACGAAGUCCAAUGUGCCCUCCAGUCCUAGAAAACCACCACAUUAAAAAACUAACCGGAGGUAUCUGUCAAGACAACAGUGGCUUUACUGGACAACGUCUGGCAUUAUCUCCGUUACAAUGUGUUGUAUUCACAAUAUAUUCUGUUGUUUAUAUGGAUAUUUAAUGCAUUAUAUUACAGGUCAAAUAUGAUUGUAAGCUGUUGUAUCACUACGGUCACUGUUCUGAAAUCAGUUUAACUGUCCUGUGUGUGUGUGUGCAUCUCAUCUCAAUAUUCAUGAAUGAACACAAACACUCUCAUGUUGAUUGAUUUAAACCAAUAAGAAAACCAUGUGAACCGACAUAAGAAAGGUUCAUCAAAUUCAGUCGGUUGAACUCAACUGGAUGUUCAAGUUACUUCAGUAACUUGAAUUAGAUCCUCGUGACCUCUAAAGCACCGACAGGUCAGGAGUCUGUUACUGAUGAAAAGACAGAAAGUUUAGUUUUUUCCUGCAGCAUGUCAUUGGAUGAUUGUGUUUAUCUGAACUUCUUCAGUGAAAUAACUUGAACACAUUUUAUAGCUCGAGUGGCCAUAUCCUCAUGUUUGCUGUCACAGACGUUCUGUCCAGCUUGACAUUUCUCAAGAAAUAUUUAUUAUGGUGUUUCCCACCUGUAAACUUAAGCAGUGAACUAUUGUUUAUCGUCCAAAGAUAAGAGAUGCAAUCAUUAAGAUAUUGUUACUGUACGUUCAUGUGCUUUCACUUUAUAAACUGGCAGUAUUGUCUUUGAGACUGUUUUACCGUAUACUGGUUUUAUGCUAUGCAUCCUUUUAAAAUAUACAAUAAAAUUGUAAAUUGUUA